AUGGUGAGUACUCGCUUGUAAAACGCAUAUAAAUAUUGCCUUUGCUGCGAUUCUUCUGUUUUGCAUAUUUUUAUCCGAGUGCUCGUGUUCUUGGGUGCUGUCUAACUCAAGAAGUAGACUCGUCCUACCAGCAUUGCUAUAUUACUUCUGCCUGUGUUUCUCGCACUUUUCCGCUUAUCUUAGUGCUGUUUUAUCUUACCUCCCUGGAAGACAUCCCUAAAUAUCAUCCCACCGACUCAGUGCUAUUUUUACCAGAUUUGUUCACGUGAUCCAUUCACUUCUUUGUUUUGCUGCUUCUGUAACAAGAAUCAUUUCGAAAAAAUCCACGAAAUUUUCCUCUACCGAUAAUUUUUAAUGUCUGUAUUUUCUCAAACAUUAGUAAUGGCAGUUGCCCAUAGUUGUUGCAGCUUUCCAGUCUCUGUUAGAACCUUGCUUAUUUUCUAGGUCCGUAUAGACUAUCGCAAGCCAACCCUCUAACGCUGAACAAAAUUACAAGUUCCUCGUAACGGUUACUUGUGUAUGUAGGCAUUCUGUUAUUUGGUUUCUUAUAACAGUUGCUUAUAGCGCCUUAUCGUGAACCCCUUUCACACAGAAAGAUUUCUUAAUUUCUGCUGCUUUUACUGGGUAGUCAUAACUUCUGAUCACCUUGUACUGACUAGUAACCAAUCAUUACCGAUUUUUGACGGUCUUCAGUUACCCCCUGUGGUGGGACCACUGGCAACCCAUCCCACCGCCGGUGUUGGCGCCCCGAUGUCGUAUGCACCACAAUGGCCCACCAAUGUCACACCGCAUGGUAUUUCGCCAAAUCAAGUGUCUCCUCAGGGCGAAAUUUUGCAAAAUUCGGCCGGCAUAGGUCACAACGGCGUUUUGUACAGCGCCUUCAAUCCAAAUACCCUGCGUCAGCAUGCUUCUCACUUACAUAUUCCUAUGGUUGGCGGGCAGACCGUUAACCAGGCCUCACCAUCCCCAAGUGGCACCGGAUUUUGUCCCGCCCCAUUGCCGUCUGGCUACUCUCUCCUCAAUCCGGCUCUCCUUACUGCCUUCGCCGCCCAGCCCAGUGCGACGCCCUCCCGCCCUCCAAAUUUCUACAUUCAACAGGGUUCUACACAACCUGGCGCAGUUCGCGGCGCCCUUCUUUCCUCUCACGCAUUUCAAUUGGCUCACCCGGGGUCGCACAACAUCUCUCCGGGUCCAGUGUGUAUAGGUCAACAGCCUACUCUUCACAACCCUUUCCAGUACAUCCCCACACCAAACGGCCUGCAACUGGCGGCAUUUUCUGCUGGCAUAACUAGUCCGCCCGGCAUUACAAAUCCGUCAAUGUGUUCAUUUGCCCAUCCAUCUCCUAUGCAACAUGGUUCGCAACAACAACCGAAUUCGUUAGGUCCCGUGCAGUUCCGGAGUUAUGAUUCUCUCAAGCAUUUUGGAGCAUUACCUCACCCACAGGUCUGCUUUUUCUCCUUUACCCUGAGGCCUUUGCGUGCCUGUCCCGCCUUUUGGCUUUGCUUAGUCACCUCUUCACCAUUAUUUGUCAAAAUAUGUUAUUCAGCCACUGCAGCUACUUCAAAUCACUUGGCCGAGAUUGUGGGGAACGUCGCAGUGCACCCCUAAAAUGUUGAAAUUAGGUCUUACGGUGACCCUUGGGUAAAUACCAUACCUGAAGUGCCAAAUACUUGAAGCUUUAUUUCGGUCCGAUCAUAAGUGCAUUCUUAUGACGACGGCUUUGUUACCUCAAGGAAUUAGAUUGCGACAUACUGCAGGUAACUCUCACUAGCUUCCCAACGUUUUUGUAAACCACCGGCUGUCUGUUUCUGUGGGUGUUUUUGACAUUUCAUCCUGCGCCAACGUACACGAUCUAGUUAGACUCCUGGCUUCUAUCUUUUUAGACAUGCUGAGGCUGCGCGUUUGAGUUAACAACUCAUCUUGUUCAGACUUCCAUAGUAUUAAUUCCCGGGCUCACGGAACAAUUCGCUUUUUCUCAAACUGAGCAGCGUGGAACACGCGUAUCGUACCUAAAACCAUUGUUCCCUGGUUGACCCUCACCUCCUUUCACCUGUCAGCGACCCUUUACGUUACGGUUCUUUAUCCCAUCUCCCUCUGCUGUCUGCUGCACUACCGAGCAUGUCUUUGAGCUGAGACUUUGUGGUAUUUUUAGAACCAGAAGAGAAAUAAAUCGAUGACGACUUCCAAGACCAAUUUAUACAUAUCCGGACUCUCCGAAUCAGACACGGAUGAAACCGUCCGUGCACUUGUUGAAGAUGUCGUUUGUCCAAAAUCAUGCAAGGCGAUGCUUCUAAACGGGAGGUGCAAAGGUACUUUGUAUUCGUAUUCUAUGCGGAAAAUUAAGUUUAUCAAUGCAACUUUUCUUCCAGUGUUUAGGCUACGCGUCAUCCGCGACCCUUGCCGGUUAGUCAGUACGUUUCAGAUGUGAUGGUGGUGUACCUAAAAUCAAUUAUUAUUCAUGUCAUCCCGGGAUUAGCUAAUCAGACAUAUUAUUCCCGCCGUCUUUAUCUAUGAACUCCCAGCUCUGUUUUCCGAAGUAGGCAUCAGUUUGAAAGACUUCAAGUGUCCAACUUUACCAUAGUCAUCAUUAGCACUCAGGCGCAGUUUUCAGUGAAAUGGAUGCUUUUGAUACAUCAUGAGGAAAUACUGUACUUACAUCUCUGUAGGUUCAGUGCGCAGGCAGGCCGUUUGUUUAAUAUGGCUGGACCGUACGUAGAAUAAAACAUUUUUGUUUUGAAUAAAAAUGGUACAUUCUUCCGCUCACUUUUCCUCCAACAUUUUUAAUAAUGUGUGUUUAUCACAGAGAUGUAAUGCCAAAUGCGUACCGGAGUGGGACCACGACGAGGAAUUUGAGAGAAACAUCUAGUAAAUAUUGUUAUGAAUAACGCUAGUCAACCAUUUUACAGGCCAAUAUAGAGGAACGCGUAAUACGAAUGCUGCUUUAUUUAUAUGCGAAGUACUGAAGGCCGUUUAGAAACCUUUCCAUGCACGAACGUGUAUUUUCAAUUUAUACCCUGGCCUAAGUAACCAACCCUAUGCUUGACCAUUAUUUACUCUUCUAUGUGGGCUCGUAAGGAACGCAUAGCCCUGUCAACAAGCCAGCAUUGUGGAAAAUCUAAUCGUUCUUCCAUGCAUUUCUGUCAUGAAUUGUGUUUGCAUGGGAGAAGUCAUGCCGGUCUUUCGGGCCUAUUGAGACUUAAGUGCGGCCUCUGCCACCCUACUCUCCUCUGCUGUAAUUGGGCUCAUGUGCAUUUCCUGAUACCGCCUCUUACCGAGAGCACUGAUGGUCCUUGUUUAGCAUAGCGAGCGAAUGGCCGUCUUGAAGGUCAACGUUGCGUAAGCCAUACGGGCUUCCAGCCCCCCCCCCUCCCAAAAAAAGUAUGCUUCUUUUCGGGAGACGCCAGUUUGAAAGCCAGCGUCGCCGUAUAUUUCUGCCAAGACACCUGCAAUGAGUAGUCUUCAUUAUUAAUUUUCCAGUUUGGCGUUUGACUUCGUUAUGUUUUACUCACUCUUCUCGAAUGCGUAACCGUCCUUUUUCAUUGCGUCAGGUUCCGGCUUUAUCGAUUGUGUCUCAGAGGAGGAUGCCAUAAAGGCCUUGAAUCACCUUUCUGAAUUAGCCAGGAGCGGCGGUCGCAAGCUCAACGUGAAAUACGCUCUGGAGAAUGAGAAAGACUUGCUCAAUGUGUAUGUAAAGAACUUGCCGCGCACUGGUUUUACCAAGGAGACCCUAGAAAACCUCUUCCGACCCUACGGUCAGGUGACGUCUGUAAAGCUCUUGGAAACAGACGGCAACUACACUGGUGAGUGCGACUUCAGUUGAAGCCGAGGUGUUUCUUGUCUCGCCUUCUUGUUCUCUGUUACGUUGCAUCUGUAGGUAGAUCUCACGGGUGAGAUAAUUUGUUGUGCCAACUUCUUAUUUGGUAGGGCUUCUACCUUAUCCGUCAUAAUUAGACUCAAUUGAGGAAUUCGCCCGCAGCUGUCCUGUCUCUGGUUUGGAGCCAGGAAUUAGUUCAUCCUACGACUCUGAUCUGCAGGAAGGAUCGGAUUCCCGCACUGAGUAUCACGUUCAACUUUCUUGAUUCAGGAGCCUGACUCGCAAUUGGUUGAAAUUCCUCUGUUUAGAAGGGCUCUACCCUGGAAAUCAGUACGCCGUCAUCUCUUUGUCUCGGAUAUGAAGUCAUUCGCGGAAGCUGUGACUACCACUUAUCCCUUCCGUGAGGGGUGUCGAUGUAGGGAUCUUGUGGUGAGCCUUGAAGUGCGGAGCAAUGCAUCAGUGCGAAUGAGUUGGGUAUGAGGUCGCCUUAGCCAGGAGCUUGUUACAUACCAGACCUUACUCUACUCAUGGCACUUCAACCGUAGGACAUCAGCCUGGUGUCCUCAUAUGCCGGACAUCAUCUUCCGGACGACUAACAGUAGCCUCAGGUCCCCAUGCGGUUCCGCCAUCAAAUAUUUCAAUUUUUUCAGUGACUCAGUUUCUCCAAGAGGGUGCUGCUUUGCAACUACCUGGUGCCACACUUAAGUUUCCGAAGUUCGCGCUAUCUUCGCCGUUGUUCAGCUUCACGGGUUGCGUUUUAUUUCGGGUAUCGUCAGUUGAGGUGGUCCUGAGGGUAUUGUGUGCGCUCGCAAGACGAUGCUUGGUUCGGAAUGCUCGUUGAAGCGGGCCACCCGGUACGCCCGUUGCCCAUGCCGGUAUCCUAGUGCGAUCAACAUUAGACAAAGGUCUUAUUCCACGUCACGCAACGCGGUCACUUUUGUCCAAUCUGUUUGACUAGGACUUACCGACUAUGUGAAGCGCAUUUAACAAACUACACAUGAAGCUGACAGUCGUGUUCUGGAAACUUGUCGAAUGACGGUAUAAUUUAGUCCUACUCAGGUGUAGGGGUCAGGCUGCAGCGGCUCCUUAUCGUGACUUUUUGACCUAUGUGAGAUCCGAGAUGACAUAGUUAAAAACUGGUUUAUGUGGAGUUAGAAACGAGGACAAUCGGUGCCCAUAGUCGGGGUUCGAUCUCUUCAGCCACCGCCCCCACGCUCACCUCUAGUCGUCAUCUGUCAAUGCAGAUUAGUGAAUGACAAUGAGUUCCGUGACGCACAAGUAUUUCUCGUCAUAAAUAAAGGUUGGCUCAGUUCACUACUGUGUCUCUCUGGAACAAUGGCAAUACUGUUCGCCAACGACGAAUUAGCCUACUGUAUUAUAGCCUAUUUUCGUUGGUCUUUGUUUUGCUAACCUCGCACUUCUUCACACCCAGGCAUCGGAUUUGUCAGGUUUGCUUCCGCAGAGCAAGCCCAGCGUGCUGUGGAGAGCAUGAAUGAGGCGCGCUGUGUGCUUUCCGAUAGUCCUGGUGGCGGCAAGCCAAUCUCCUGCAAGCUGGCUGAUAAGGUGGAUUCUAAGCGUCGAGCUGUCAAUGCGGCAGCUGCGAUGGCUGCAGCGGCGGCUGCCGCUGCCUCUGUUGCUGGUGGCGGUAGUUCCCACUCCGCCUCCGUCGGUGGGCGGGACGGGAGACAGCAGUCCUUCCCUUCCUCCGCAGUCGUCUCAGGUUGCAACGACGCUCCCCAUCAGACAGUUCUUUCGAACGCCACUCACCUCCUUCAGACUCCCCAACAGCAACAACAACCAGGCCUUGCAAAUUUGAUCUUUCAACCAGGUAGCUCGUGCCUUUGUCCUGGCAUAAUGUGAUAUUCACUUGUGGGCUGGACAGAGUGCAAGCGUGGUCGCUUUUGGGCUCAGUAGAGCAACGCCAUCGGUUCGGCUUUAGACGUAGAGAUUAAUAAGUCGUCUGGAAUUCUGACAUGACUACCCUGCUCCAAUAAUGUGCACGCCACGUCAUCUCUGACGGCUAUGGUCAGAAUGCAAAAAAAGAACUGAUUUCAAAAAGCAUUCUAUGUCACUGAAAUUUCGAGGGUUUUAUAGUGAGGACGAGCGUGUUGAAGUGGUCUUGUGCAAACUUCGAAGCGCUGUUUUAUUGUGCUUGGCAGGGCUACGCUUAAGACAGGAAUAACUGACUUCAAUGACGCCUUGUACCACACUUCUUCACAUACACACACAUAUGUCUGUGACACCGGGUUUGGCAAACUCCGAGCACUCGUCUCCAGCUCGGGAGAUCAACUACCGAGGGUUCAAAAAACGUCAUGACAUCUUGACGAGUAGUGUCGGGUUAGGUUGCAAUCUGACAGCUUUUUUCAGUGAAAGGGCGGCGUUGGUUUCGAGGCAGCACAAAACCCACAUAAUAGCGGACUUCAUGAAUGACCUCACGUUGUUGCCGUAACGAGCAUGGGCAGUAAUUUCGGAGGACGCCUCCAUGCUUCGCUCAUAAGAUCGUUUUCUAAUAGCUCUGGUUGAGGACUUCCAGUUUUAUCGCGUCUGACGAGCGCAAACCAGCCUCCACAGCUGUCGUGGGGUGAGAGGCAGACCAGACGGGUUCCUGAUAAAUGCCCAUGUGUUUAGCAGUUAAACUUGCACUGGACCACUUGACGCCUUUGGAGUGUAACAAACCUCGCAGCAAGCAUUGAUUCUGUCGACGAUGUCCCGUUGGUGUAGCACCCUGUCUCUGGGCUAUAUUUGAUGAAAGUUCCCGCCUCGUGCUGGAUAACUGUCUUCUGGUCAGCCUCGAUCGCCGAAGCGAUUGAUUUGAUAGUUUAGCCGUAAUGGGACUCAACCACGUCGUCUCUAAGCCCCCGUUAGAGUCAACGCUGUUGCUGUGGUUACGGUGGUAGCAUCGGACUGGACAGUAGACGGGCAUGUCAUGGUCAGACUUGGAGGGGAUAAGUUCGUAACCGAUGACCACAAGGCGUGGACAGCAAUGGUCCGUGAUGCCAUUUAUCCUAUAGCAGGCUAAACCAGCACUGGUUCUAGUCAAUGUCCACAAAAGUGAAUAGCCGGUUUACUGAUCCCGAUCAUCCGAGAGGCUGUGUAGGUCUUUGUAACUCGGUGUUAAUGUUGCUAUCUCAACGUACUUGGGGUCAACUGUAACUCGGGCGUCGUACGAACCACGUAUAGUUUUUUUCAGGAAUCCAACCAUUCAAGUUCAGUCAAAUGGGUGCCAGGACGCCUCCUCGUCGGUCUUAUCAAAGAAUUCGCAUAAUCUCGCUGGCAUAGGUAGAGCAACAAUUGACUCUGAUGGGAAAGUUUUUUUGCAAUUGGAGUAUGAGAGAAAUCGUGUCGAGUCGUAUGGAGAGACUGUAUUCCUAUUAGAUCGGCGUGGAGUGGACGUUUUAUCAGUAAGCUACCUUUCCAGUUCUCUCCGCCUGUGCAUCAUAUGGUAGUCUCACAACUUCAGUCAUCUCUCAAACCUAUGAGUGUCGAUAUUCUACCGAAAGAGAGUGGUUCAUCACCAAGGAUUCCGUCUUCACACCCACUCUCUGCAUCUCCUAGGCGUCCUCACUGAUGGAACCCUCGUCUCGAUACCUCCGGUCUGCCCACCUGCCUACCAUCAAGUGGUGCCAACACAGGGUUACCGUCAAUCGACAGCGACAACAAACACAGUCGCUGCUGCUACCGCCGGUGAUGUGACCGCAACGAUGGGUAGCGUCGGUUACACCAGUCCCACCACGUCCACCUGCACUGCUUCUUCGCUUUCUAGCCGCGGGGCUCUUCUUGAGGCCCCUCCCGCCGCUUCCCUCGCCCAGUCAGCCGAUGUCCAGGGCCUGACUGUGAUCCCUCCUGCCUCAUCAUCCCCCUCCGCCCAAGUUCCGGGUGUCGAAUUACGAUUUCAACCCACCACCCAGCAGCAACAGGUGAGUCGCAAAUGGCCAUAUUCCUGACCGAUGGGAGCUAGGACCUUCGCCGAGCCUCAUGGGUAACAGGAAGCAUUAAGUCAACGUUCCUAAUUACUGAAGGAGCCAGUCGGUAGAUAGAAGAACAGGUCUUCCUGUUAACCCUUCACGGACAAUAAGUAGUGAAGGCGAGUGAACAGAGUAAAAGCUGAGUGAGUAGGCACUCAAGUCCGUCAGCUAAACAGCGAUAGCGUUGUCAAGGUGCGGAGGGCUGAUAUCUGACACACCGGCUAUCUUUUAAAGUACCAUAAAGCCAAAUAACGUCGAUGUGUUGUACCGCUUCCGUUUCAAUUCAGUUAAAAGAACGCCGAAAAAUAUAACCUCGAACAAGAAGUCGGGACGGCUGUUUAGGACUUGCUUGCUCUCAUGAUUCCCAGAAAACGCCGUACGUAUACUAUCUGCAAUUGCUAUUGGAAUCCGUGCUACGCCGUCCGCGAUAACUGACGCACUCAGCAGCCCUGGUUCAAUGGCGCACACAAAUACUAUGCUAGGCAGGCUACUCAAUUAAGACCAGGCACAUGAGAUUGAUCUCCUGCAUGCAUGAACAUUCCUCGACCCCAGUCCACAUAGUCUAAAAACGUUUGAGUUGCGAAAAUUCCCAUCAAAAGAUCCAGAUAAUUAGUUGACGAGCAUACAUAUGCUUUUUUUCCUGAAACGGGCCACGCGGCAGAUGUGCUGAACCAACGGGGGGGGGACUACAGAGGUGUCCUGCAGACGUUAUCGUGAGUGCGCAUCCAUAACAAGCUGUGGUCGCACGCCCAUGUACAGGCUCGCGUCGCACCAACUGGGAUCCGAUUCGUCCCCUAUUUUUGUUGUAUAAAAUCCUGAUCGGUGUGCGUUGUGGGCCAGGGACUGUGGUGGCAUGUCUGGGCGCGGGUUUUCGCCCUGCCAACCGCCUGUUCUCCUGUUUCCGGUCUACUUGAUUUUGUCUUGACACCGGGUCCACCCCGGGGGGAGGAGAAAGUGCGGUAGGUGCAACGCUGUACGUUACGCCCACUGACCCAGGAAUCUGGGUUCGAAUUUCGGGUGAUCUACACUCGGUGUGGGGUAUUGCCGACUGACGACGGUCAGCAAGCCAGAAAUGGUCAUCUCGAUCACAACCGACCAGACAAGGGGCUUGUGGUUCAAUUGUGGAACAUUGGACUACUUGACGCUAAAUGAUCCAAGAACCCGGAUUCGAACCCGGUCAUAACGAUCCCCCUUAUCCUUGUCGGCUCUCCUGCCUACUCUACAAACAUCUUUGUCGUUUAUCCCUGUGCGCGCGCCAAUGUCAAUCCUGGCUAACACGGUAAAACAACGUACCUACACCCAUAGGACUUCGUUGAUAAACUUCCUCGCCAUGAUCUGUCGAUCCUUGUCGGGGACUGGAAUUGUAGGUCUGGAUAUGGUGAAUCCACACUAUUAUUGGUUAUUCACGUGGCAAUGAUGAAAGGAUGCUGAGUCUAAUUAAUCGGAACUGGAUAUUUGUCGCUAGCACGCGCUUUCAUCGUCGUUGCAAAUAUCCAACCUGGUACUCAAAUUAUGGUUACAUGUACAGCCCAAAUGACUGCAUUCUUGCCAGACCGAUAUUUCGUAGUGGAAUUCAUGAUAACGGAGCGGUGCAUGGUGCCCACACUGGCCACGCCUACCUGUCAGGUCAUGUCCUCGUUCUCCCACGCCGAGGAGUUCAUCUCAUAUCCACGCUAAAAAGGUCUCAUAAAAGACAUCUUGAAGUCCCAAAGCUACAGCAAUCAAACAAAACCUAAUCCGGUUUCGCUAUGCAGCCAGAGCCGAAAGAGCAGGUAGUAGCAAAUGAUCGCCGUAGAGGUUUUCAGUUCGCGACGCCACCGGAGGGAAUUUCCGUACUUUCUCAGUGACGCUGCAAUGGCUGGGCCAGCUGGAGUACAUUACAGCUGUCAACCCAGACGUCUCCAGCUGGAUCUUGCGAUGACGAUUCCUGUCGUCAUCCCCGAAAAAUGACGGCAAAGUCGACUAGGGAUGACCGCAAAAUCCUUAAAUUGAAGUGGUAACUUCCAUGUAGCUGACUACGGGCGUCGGCGGCACUUGAAAUCUCAACCGACUUAUUCGCCACUGAGAGUUAUUACGCGCAGUUUGGUUGGCGGACAAGAUCAAGCGCUGUGUGAGACUAAUUCAAACGACUUCCAAUCUUUAUGACCAACCCAUCACAAUCCUCUCCGCUGCAUUGGCACUUUAUCCUUUGCAAAUUUAUACAAUCUCGUGUAAUAAUCUUUCAGGCAGAGAUUGGGUGUCAAUUUCAGCUUGGAGCCGACCGAGUAAAUCUGGGCGAACGCCUGCACGGACUGGAUAAGCACCUGUAAGAGAUUCCGGCUGUCAGUCCUGGUCAGAAAAUUUGAUCCAUUUUUCCUAUGUCAUUUUCUAGUCAUUGCCUCAGCUUAGUUUGGGCGAAAGAAUCUUAUAUGGGAGACUCGACCUGGUCAUGCUGGUUGCCACGUGAUGUCUCCUGAAACAACCUCUGAAGUGAUCUGCUCGACAAUCUGCGCGUCAUUUCGUGUUUGUUGGGCUUCGAUUAUUUAAGAAAGCAUACACGCGAUGAAGCGACUCGGGAGGGUUUUUUGUCCUUGAAGUGCCAUCUUCGGUUCUGCACUCUUAACCGUUAGGCCUGUCUCGGGAGCCAGCGACAAAACGGAGGAGGCCGGAAUGAACAUUCAUCACUUAUUGCCCGUCCUCAGCCGUCCAUACUCUGAUGUUGAGUUCGAAAUCUCAGUGAAAAAACAGUCUGUAUGCAGUCUAGGUCACCGUGGACUUGUUACCGCUUUAUGACUAACUGCAGCAAAUCAGCCAGAAAUUUCCGUUUCAAUCUGCCCUGUCUUGUCGGCAAAUUCCCCGCUGUUCGGCCGCCUGUAAAAUUUCUAUAUUGGAACCAUAAAACGAAGUGUACAUUCAGUCCGGAUGUACACUGGAAUCGGAACUUCCUGUGAUACAGGUGGCCCCACGCUAGAUUCGAGGAAGGGUACUUAUUCCCGUGUCCCACCUCUGAUGCCGGGGAGAGGGGGAUUCCUGCCUUCCCCCCCCCCGUGUCGCACCGCCUUCCGUUCAGCUUGCCUGUGUUGUCUCGCUUGGGUUGACUUUUUAGGUCUAUUAAGUGGGUUCCGGUCACACUUAUUCUUUUACUCGUAUUCAGUUAUAGGAAGGGAAACUGCUGCAACUUUCCUGUUGUCCGUAUAGGCUUUUAUCUCUAGUUAGGUUCUCUGGGGUUCGUGCGGAUUAUAAACGUGAUUUAGCUACUCCUGCCCCCUAACCAGUGUCUUGUAUUGUUUUAGUAUAUGACUGGUUCCCAACCCCAACGAUUGGCUGCCGUCACGAACUCUCCGCAGGCUGCCUAUGCGUACCCCAGUCAGUACCACCAUCUCCAGUAUCCAAUGACCACACAACAGCUUUCGCCCGCUCAGCCGCUAGUUCCUGCAACCCAGUCGGCGACAUCAGCCUAUGCAAUUCCCCCUGCCACCUCUCCGCGUGAACAGCAGCAGGCGCCGAUCAACCUCGUCUCCGACUUCCAGGCUCUGAGUCUUCAAGCUGGUCCGCCAGCUGCUGUGGCUUUCCCUUCUGCAACGGUGACUGGGGACUUUGCCGACUGCUCACGGUCCGGUGAUGCGACUCGCUUUUCUGGUGACACCGGCGCCGCCUACCCGGUCGUCUUUAGGGCGGAAGUGCCGCUCGAUCCAUAUACAGUGGAGCCAGUAAUGUACGCUGCCGUUGCUCCGCAAGCGCUGUAUCAACAGCCAUCUCAACAACCGGAACCACUGCAGCCAUCGGUGGAAGAGAAUUCCACUUCCCUAGCGACUGCGGGGGUUCCUGUCACCGGCGAUGGUCUCAGUGAACCGGCGGUGAAGGUUGAUACUGCACAGCAGCAGGCUGCGACAACGGAGGGGCAAGAAAAGCCUCCAGAGCCCAAAGACGAUGAUUCUCCCAAGUCCAUGCCUCUAAAGGAAGCGGGGACGACCACCACCCCGCCUAGACGGCAUAACCAGACACCGCCCCAACACAGUCAACAACGACCCGCUCCUCGCCGCUCACUUAAGGAGGCUGAUCAUCAGUCGUCUGUGCAUCAUAGUCACCAACGUAACAUGCCCCCCAAGCCGAAUACUACGCCUUCGACAGCUUCGACCUCGGUUACUCCCCCCAGCAAUGAAGAUUCGGUUUCCGCAGCUGGUGGCACCGCGUCCCAAGAGUCUGGUCAUUCUACUUCUAUUUGUGCAAAUGACGCCUCAACAGUGGCUUUCUCAGCCUGA